AUGACUCAAAAUAAUUAACAAUUCCCUUUCAAUCCAUUUAAUCCUAUAAGAACAUACAGACUCUAUUCCUAAAGGAGCUAAACUACUCAUCAAAAAAAUAGAUAAAAUUCUGUUCAUUUAAUUUAGAAAUCAAAUGUUGCAAACAAUCCCUAAAAUAAAAUGGGAACACAUAAUUAUGAAUUAUUUAUAAGAAAUAUUGAAAACAAAGGAUUAAAAUCAGAUCAAAAUUUUCAAUCUUACAUUAAGAAAUUGGAAAAAAAUAGAAAAUUUUCUAAAAACUUAAUUCAUUAAACAAAAUAACAAAAAAAACUUGAAUUAAUAUAAAUACCUUAAUAUGAAGAUGAUUUAAAGAAGAUAAUUUGUAGUCCUUCAAUUAAAAAUACAGUUAAGGAUUAAAAGAAAGAGAAGUUUUAACAUCAGAUUACUGAAAUGAUUACUGAAAUAAAGAGUCCCUUUUAUAGAAAGGGAAGGUAUUUAUUGAAUGAAGAUAAAGAUAAAGAAAAGAAAUUAGCUAAACCUUUAUUUUUUGGAAUUCAAAAUUAGAUCAAUUAAUAAAAAAAGUGUAAACAAGUCUAAUCUUAAAUUGAUAUCAACAAAUGUAUAACAAUAUUGUAUUUUAGUAAGAUAUAAGAUAUUUUUUGAUGAUUAUAAUCCAUUAGCAUAAAUUAUUACAAGUUAAUAAAGUGUUUAGAAAGAAGAAACAAUUAAUGAAUCACCAUCAAAGACAGAUUAAUAAUUAUUUAUUGAAUAAUGA